AUGGAAGUUUUUUGGUUUGUGAAUCUCAGGGAGAAAACUCAACAGCAAGAAUUGGUAGUAGCUGGUUCAACAAAGUGGAUUACCACAGAAUUGAAGGUGAUGAAUCAAGAGACUUUGAACCAAUUGGUUAGUUUUUCAAAUAUUGUGGAACAUAACGUUCAAUGGCUUAAUAGAGAGAUGUUAGAAAUUAUAAAAAUGGGCGAUGAGAAGCGCCUGGACAAUAAUCAAAUCAAAAAUGGUCCAAGCACUGAGAAACAAAAAGUCAAAGUGUUUUGUGAUGUUGAGAAGUAUUCCCCUAACCCAGAAGACAGAAAAAUUGAAUCAAAAGAUAUUCUCAAAAAUAAAGAUCCUAAUACUAUUGUAAAACCUAUCAUAGAAUCUGAAGCAAAAGAAAAUAAUAUCCGAGAAAAUGCUGAGUCUAGAUGCUUGAAAGCUUUAGGCGCUGCAAUAAAUACCGCUGGCAUUUCAAAAACGCAGCGGUUGAUUAAAGAGGACCCAUUAAUCAAAGCAAAAAUAAAAGAAGCUGAAGAGAAAGUCGAUUUAGAGAGUGGGUCGUUGAGUUUUAAUUCAUCCUUUGGUAGCAAACCAGAAAUAAAGAAAAAACUUAGUGCAUCCAGAAGUGAUUGCAAAUCCUCACUAUUUCCUAGGGGAAAUUUUCAAGAACAUAUAUCUUCUGAAAGCAUUUUGAAAAGGCACGCCAAAAUAAUGAAAGCAAAAAGUCUAGAUGAUUCCCCACUGUUACGCGAAGUCUCAUGGACAGCCCAAGAAAAUUCAAAAAAGAAGGAUAUUGAUCAGGGAAACUGUAAGAACUUCAGAGAGACAAAGGUGAAAAAUCUUUCUACAAAUGAUAUUUUGGAUAUUGAAAAAUCAAAUAAAGCACAAUGCCAUAAUAAUAAAGUUGAAGAAGUGAAUGCAAAUACUAGAUCAAAAGCAUUAAAGACGGAACAAAUGGUAAAUGAAUAUGAGAAAAAAUUGUAUAUCUGUUCAAGCCAAAGAAUGAAGAAAAGUGAUAUUGAGGCAAAUAGAAAAAACACAAGUUGUACAGAAAAUUUAUUAAACAAAAAUGAAAAAAGGUGUACUUUGAAGCCCCUCAAAAGAAUUUCUCUCAUGAAGUCAGCCAAAUUGAGACUUGGUAAGAUUGACAGUACAUUCGAUACUCGAGUUUCCAUAUCUUUAAAUCAAAGCAGCUUUUCAAAGAUCCCCACCUUCAAAAAUUCAGCUCUAAGAAAGCCAAGAACUUGUAAGGGGAGCGCUAUGCCAUGGAACAGGACUAUCUCUACACCUGAUAUUGAAACUAUAAGUUUAGGCAAAGGAGCUUUUAAGAAUAAAAAUAAAUGCCUGAAUAUGAAUGAUAGGAUGAGAAACAUCGGAAGUACUAAAUUCUCAAAAAUUUCUAUUGAUACAAUCAAGCCUUCAAGCCCAAAACCAAUAAUGUUUGGUAUUAGAAAAAAAUCUCUCCAGGCUCCUAUCGAUGCAACUUUACCGGAAUUACAAGGUAGCGAUGACGAUUUACUUACAAAGGACAUUCAGUCUGAAUGGUGUAAAUCUCCUAUAGUUAAGCAAACUUUAUUGAGACAACAAGAAAUAGAUCCAGAAUCGAUCUUUGGCACGAUUUCAGCAUUAAAUAUGAGUGAGAUUUUCAGUAAAUAUCAUUAG